AUGCCGACCCCAACCAAUGGCUAUCCUGCCGAAAAGGCCUCUGACGUCGAGGUGCUUCCGGCCCCAGCGACGUCGACCGAGACUCGUGCUGGCACGCCUCCAGCAAGACGCAGUGGUCUGGGCAGCCGUUUGUUCAAAUGUGGCUUUACGGUCAUCAGCGUCCUGCUCAUUCUGAAACUCCUCUAUCUCGGCUUCGACGCACUCCCUCGAGGCUGCAACGGGCUGGGAGCGCAAAUGUCUUCUAACUACCAUCCUAUCGGCGACGGUGGUCACCAGCAUCCGUUUCCACCGAUUGGGGACUGGAAACCCUUUCAGGGCACUACGCACUUCGAAUUCGAGCCCGCCGUUGCGUCUGGCUUCUCCGUCCGGGGAGCUCAAGCCUUCGGCAAAGUCGUUUUUGAGACCUCCAAACUCUCGGACAAAGUCGUGAUCGACUUGGACAUCAAGACCAGCAAGAAAGACAAGGACGGCGAAGUCACAGUCAAGGAGGAGAAUGGCUACCUCACCGUCGAUACCCCUAACACAGGCAAAAUGGAGACCUACGCCUCCACCAGAAUUCAGAUCCCCUCCAACAUCAUCGGCAAGUUUGUCAUGCCACAAUUCCAGGUCGAUGUUGGCCGUCACAUGGUCGACUUCAGUGGUCUUCCCGAGUCCCUCGAGAUCGACACCUUCAAGGUUCGCAUCGGCCAAGGAUUCGUCAAACCUGGACCCGUACACACCAACACAACGAAAAUCUCGAUCGGCAACGGUGCGCUGAAAGGCUCUCUUAUCCACGCGGCCUACGAGACCAACAUUGAUGUCGCUCACGGUAACGUCACUCUCGACAUCCCCGACAUCUCAUCGGGUAACCAGGGCGCCACUAAGAUCCAUCUCGGCAACGGGCACUUGAAGGGCACGCUCUCCGUCUACAACUCUACCAUCGUGGACGUAGCCUCUGGUGGUAUCUACAUUGGCGUUGACUUCAAACACUCCGAUCGCCGUGCCAGCCUGUCGACGAAGAUUGCGGCCGGAAAUUCACGUGUGUACGUCAACUCCAUCGCCGCGGAACGUCUGCUCGAGUCAUCCCAUUCAUCCAUCAACGGCGACCAAUUGAUCACAUACCCGUCCAACUUCCAGGGCACGAUUGACGCUAGAGGUGUCUUGGGCGACAUCAAGCUUGCAGGCAAGGAUCUUGCGGUUGAAAAGGUCGUCGGAGGUCUAGUGGGCCGACAGGGAGAUAGCAACCGGAACAGCGUCACCGUCAAGUCGGUCAGGGGAAAGCUGGACAUUCUCGUCGGAGACGAGUAG